AUGGACAAUGUUAAGCAGGAAUGUUACAGGAACACCUUAAGACGCACAGGCCCAUCAUUUCGAUUCGCUAAUCGACAGUUAAAUGAAGACCGGAAUUUGGGGUGGUGUGAAAACCACUAUUCGAGCGGAGGAAACAACGAGAUACGGUCAAAACGACCUAUUGGCAGACAAUCUCAGCCCGGUAGCGGUGAUACUACCAGACCAUUGCAUCAUCCGCAGACUUGGUGGCGUGGCAUGCCAAGCAGAGUCCUGAUCAUAUACGGAUUGGAAAAAAUGAACGUCAAUUGCGAUAAGAUAUUCAACUUGUUUUGUAUUUACGGAAACGUGACGGGAGUGAAGGUUCUGAACGGAAAACAAGCACUCGUCGAGCUACAGGACGUCGAGGCUGCUAAGCGGUGCGUGUCUAAUUUGAACUUGCUACGGUUGGACGAAACUACUAAGCUGAAAGUCAAGUAUUCGAAACAUUCCUAUAUUAACGAUCAUGGAACGUUGAGAGCCUUGUCAGAUGGCACGCCGACUAAGAAAAUUUACGUGAAAAGCAAGUUCAACCGAUUUAUCGAAAAAGAGAUGAAUUACGCGAAUCCACGACGUACCGCGGCCCCGUCGAAAAUUUUGCAUUUCUAUAACGCACCGUUAGAUAUUUGCGCCAGAAAAAUGCAUAAAGUGGUGACGGACGCCCUUGGUUCCAUGGACGCAAUAAGAUCCAUAACCAUUUUGCCUAAAAAACGUCCAGGUGCCAAAUGUUCAACUGGUCUGAUCGAAAUGAAAAGCAACGAAUUGGCGUUAAAAACGAUUCUCUUGUUGAAUCACAUGCCAUUUGAAUCAUCAACACACUUUUCUACUAUUAAUACGUACGGGCAAACUAUUUACGAGUCAUAUUACUUAUCCGUUUGUAGUAGUGGGUAUAUGAGCAUUUCGUUGAACUUAAUUGACGAUCUGAUCGAUUAUGUCGUGUUAUCUGGUCGUGAUCAUCAUGGGUAUGAUGAGCCCAUGGGAUGA